CUGGGUGGUCAGCCAAUAAGCGCAGGUUUUACGUGGCUGGGCGGGGCUCUGGUCGCUCACAGAGUAGUGUGUGUGUGGGGGGAAAAGUGAAGUGUGUAACAGGAGCGGAGUGGAAGUGAGCUACCGAUGAAAGAAAUUGAUAUCGAGUGUUAGCAGAGUAAAGAUGACCAAGAUGGGCUUCCUGCGGCUGUCCUAUGAGAAACAGGACACGCUGCUCAAGCUCCUCAUCCUGUCCAUGGCGGCCGUGCUGUCGUUUUCCACUCGCCUUUUCUCUGUGCUGAGGUUCGAGAGUGUCAUCCACGAGUUCGAUCCGUAUUUCAAUUACCGCACCACUCGUUUCCUGGCGGAGGAGGGCUUUUACAAGUUUCACAACUGGUUCGAUGACCGUGCGUGGUAUCCGCUCGGCAGAAUCAUCGGAGGCACCAUCUAUCCCGGUUUGAUGGUGACCUCGGCGGCCCUUUACCACAUGCUGCACUUCUUCCACAUCACCAUCGACAUCCGAAAUGUGUGUGUGUUCCUCGCACCGCUCUUCUCCUCCUUCACCGCUAUCGUCACCUACCACUUCACCAAGGAGCUCAAGGACGCUGGUGCUGGACUUCUCGCCGCUGCCAUGAUCGCUGUUGUACCAGGAUACAUUUCCCGAUCGGUUGCAGGCUCCUACGAUAACGAAGGAAUUGCUAUUUUCUGCAUGUUGCUGACGUACUACAUGUGGAUCAAGGCGGUGAAGACGGGUUCGAUUUACUGGUCGUCCAUCUGCGCCCUGGCGUACUUCUACAUGGUGUCCUCGUGGGGAGGCUACGUGUUCCUCAUCAACCUGAUCCCUCUGCACGUACUGGUGCUGAUGCUCACCGGACGAUUCUCUCACCGCAUCUACGUGGCUUACUGCACCGUGUACUGCCUGGGCACCAUCCUGUCCAUGCAGAUCUCCUUCGUGGGAUUCCAGCCCGUGCAAUCCUCCGAGCACAUGGCUGCCUUCGGCGUGUUCGGCCUGUGUCAGAUUCACGCCUUCGUGGAUUACCUGCGCAGCAAACUCAACGCCCAGCAGUUCGAGAUCCUCUUCAAGAGCGUCAUUUCCCUGGUCGGCUUCGUGCUUCUCUCCGUCGGAGCCGUGCUCAUGCUGACCGGGAAGAUUUCCCCAUGGACCGGCCGUUUCUACUCUCUCCUGGACCCGUCCUACGCCAAGAACAACAUCCCCAUCAUCGCCUCCGUGUCCGAGCACCAGCCCACCACCUGGUCCUCGUAUUAUUUUGACCUGCAGUUGCUGGUCUUCAUGUUCCCGGUGGGUCUGUAUUACUGCUUCAACAACCUGUCAGACGCCAGAAUUUUCAUCAUCAUGUACGGCGUGACCAGCAUGUACUUCUCAGCUGUGAUGGUGCGUCUGAUGCUGGUUUUGGCUCCGGUCAUGUGCAUCCUGUCAGGAAUCGGCGUUUCUCAGGUUCUCACCACGUACAUGAAGAACCUGGACGUCAGCCGACCAGACAAGAAGUCCAAGAAGCAGCAGGACUCUACCUAUCCCAUCAAGAAUGAGGUUGCCAGCGGAAUGAUCCUGGUCAUGGCUUUCUUCCUGAUCACGUACACCUUCCACUCGACGUGGGUGACGAGCGAGGCCUAUUCCUCUCCCUCCAUCGUGCUCUCGGCUCGCGGAGGAGACGGCAGCCGCAUCAUCUUCGACGAUUUCAGAGAGGCUUAUUACUGGCUCAGACACAACACUCCCGAGGAUGCUAAGGUCAUGUCCUGGUGGGAUUACGGCUAUCAGAUAACCGCCAUGGCAAAUCGGACGAUUCUGGUCGACAAUAACACCUGGAACAACACGCACAUCUCUCGAGUCGGCCAGGCGAUGGCCUCCUCAGAGGAGAAGGCCUAUGAGAUCAUGCGAGAGCUGGACGUCAGCUACGUGUUGGUGAUCUUCGGAGGACUGACCGGAUAUUCAUCAGAUGACAUAAAUAAGUUCUUGUGGAUGGUGCGUAUCGGAGGCAGCACAGACACGGGGCGGCACAUUCGGGAGCACGACUACUACACUCCCACCGGCGAGUUCCGCGUGGACAGGGAAGGUUCUCCGGUUCUGCUCAACUGCCUAAUGUACAAGAUGUGCUACUACCGCUUCGGCCAGGUCUACACCGAGGCCAAACGUCCUCCCGGUUACGACCGCGUCCGUAACGCUGAGAUUGGCAACAAGGACUUCGAGCUGGACGUGCUCGAGGAGGCGUACACCACAGAGCACUGGCUGGUCAGGAUAUACAAGGUUAAAGACCUGGACAACCGAGGCCUCUCGCGAACGUAAAGCCCAGACACUCACAAUUCACACACACAACGACACAAACACACAGCACUGAACACCUUCCCCUGUGAUCUGAAGAGCAGUGUGGAUGUUUUUUAUACUUCUGUUGUGAUUGCAGGAAAAGAUUCUAUUGUCUUUUUUAUGAUUUAUAACGUGGUGUUAGUUUUUUUUUCUUUGGAAUGAAGUGAGACUUCAAAAUGUCCAGAAAACCGUCAGUAUGUAUUUCUGCAAUCAGUGACCAACCAAAUGAUUUGUCUAAAAAUGGGGUAAUAAAUGGAGUGAAUGGGA